AUGUCAUAUAAACAUUAACAUUUAAUGGCAGUUUCCAAACAAAAAAAAAAUAUUUGCAUUAACACUUUUAGUAUAUUACAUACUAAAUAUUUAAAGCAAUAAUCAUUUUUGCUUUUUCAUUUUAAAAAUCGGAUCUGAUGGCCAGUUUAAUACAAAAGAUUCUUAAACAAGCUAGAACAACUUUCUCGAACAACACAGAAGUUUUUAAUGAAAAUUUGUUCAAACUCUACAAUCUUAUGGAUGUAGUAACAUCAUCGGACUUAAACCUAGACAUAUCAUUUGCCUUUCAAGACUCAGAAACCCAAUACGAUGCUCCUAUAUCUUAUAUAACCAUCUAUGAGGAUAAUAUUUUAUCAAUGAGCAUUUUUGUUUUAAAAUCUAAUAAAGUUGUACCUUUGCAUAACCACCCAGAAAUGUACGGAGUGAUAAAGGUUUUAGCAGGUAAAGUCAUCGUAGACAGUUAUUCUCUAAAUACACCUAAAACUUUUGAAGCUGAAAUACAAUUAGCCAUUACCCAAGAGAUAGAGAGAGUAAAAGACACAGUACAAACAGAUGGUCCGGCUACUGCAGAUGUAUCAACAAGUACAAGUACUUUGAACCAAGACGUUGAAGAAGCUUCAAACAUGGUAGACGUUUCUCUACAAAUUAGUUCUCCAACUGUAGAUGCUAGUACGUCAACAACUUCUACUCCUAAUGUUGAUUUUGCUCAAAUCCCCAACCAAAAUGUAAUUCCACUAAGAAGAGUAAUUUCUGCAGAAUUUGAUGGUAGAAAUAUCGUCGAUAUAAAUAGCAAACCGUGUAUUUUAAAGCCGCAUGAAAGCAACAUACACGAAAUUCGAAGCGUAGAUGGACCUGCUGCUUUCUUAGAUAUUUUGGCUCCACCCUAUAAUACUGAAAUCCCCUAUGUGGGUCCCAGAAUUUGUAGUUAUUACGCUAAUUUGGGUUCCGUAUUGAAAGAUGUUUUUCUUCUACAAGAAAUUAAUAGUCCAUCAUUUUAUUGGACUGAUAUUAAACCGUACAUGGGACCUGAUCCAACUGUUGAAGUUGAAUAAAGUUUGUGUACUUUAUUUAAAGAUGUAAAAUUAUUGGUAAUGUAAUAACUAUUGUAUACAGAUAUUUCGGUAGGCCCAAGAUUAUUGUUAAGUAAUAUAAAUAAAUGAAUAUAUUUGCAGUAUUAUUUUUAAUUUAAUAGCAAAAAAUUGAGGUUUAGAGCUUUUAAAAAUUGCCUGCUCUUUAAGGUCGGGGUAUCCAUGUGUAUAAAAAUCGUAUGUAUAUUUUCGAAUAGUAUUUAAAAAUCUAAUUUUCAGCCAAAUUAAAUACAGGAUGUCCCAAUGAAAAGUAGACCAUUUCCAGAGCUUAUAAUUUUUAAACAAAUCGUAGAAACGUGCGGUUUUUGAUGAUAUGUGUUAUUUUGCUAUAAGUUUUGCUUCAGUGACACAGAAAUUAUGUUUUUUAAAAUCUCCUCUUUUAAAUUUGCAGUAACCAAAUUUUAUGAAAUGAAAACAGGCUACUUUUCAUUGGGACACCCUGUAUAAAAGUUUAACUUAGG